GGGCGAUAUGUUCUUGGUUUUCUUGGUUUGCUGUGACGAGGAAGAAGACGGGGGAGACGAGCACGCGAUGGCGAUGCUUUGCGAAAAUCUCUAGCGUCACGAUCGCAUAGAUAGAUUCUAGGUAGUGGCGCCGUGCGGGAUCGAAGGAUCUCUCUGGAAAAUCGCGCAGAGCGGUAGAAUCCAGGGAUCCCGCGAGAGAUUUCGCUGCCAUGGCAACGCUGACGAGAGGGAUUUCGUUCCGGCGGCAGGGAUCGUCGGGGAUGAGCUGGGCGGAGAAUUGGACAUUCACGGAUCAAGGUAUGUUCCGGAAGCAAGAUCAAGAUCCGGCCGGGAUGGAGCACCCGGCGCCGCUGGGACAGAUUUCGGCGAUCUCCGCGACGAUCGAUCAUGGCGACGCCAAGGCCACCGCGCAGCUCAGCCGCAGCCGCAGCGUGGGCAGCGUGGGCAGCACCGUCGGCACCGCCAUGCAAAUCUUCUCGCCCGUGCUGGAGCUCAAGGAUCACCACAAUCUCUCCAAGUCGACCAGCACAAACACGACCGGCGCGGCGACGCCAGUGGUGGAGCUCAAGCCCCCGAUUAAAUCGUGCCCGGCCGCUACCGGCAAGGGCAAGGGAUUCAGCGUCAUCCGGUGGCUCAAGAAGCGAUUUGGAAUCUCAAAGAGGAUAGGAGCUCGAAUUUAAACUCAUUGUCGUCGUGACAAGGGGAUGGGUGCGCAAAGUCUAUAGUUUUUCGGGACGAAUCAGGAGAAGGUAUCGUGAAAUCUAUAUUAAAGCUAGCAAGCUCAGCUCGCACAGGGAGGCAAAGAAGGAAGAACACUUUGCUUGGAAGCAAAAGGGGAUCGAUCGAUCGAUCUCUAUAAAUUCUUCUUUUUCUCUCCCCAGGAGAUAUUCUACUUUGGGUUGGUGUGGCAAACACAAAGCUAUGGACCACGCGGAGGCCCCCCGCCUGCAGCAAAUUUUGUCUGGAUCCUUAAAGCCUGCACAGAUGAGAGAAAAGAAAACGACCAUCCGAACGAUUUGGAUCACUGCGAAUUGGACUACUCGGUGAGGGAGUCAGAGUCACAGAAUCACGGUCAAAGCUCUUUUUGUAAUCCUUCUCAUGGUUUUCUGUGUUCUUUCGAGGCAGGGAAAGCGUACAAGCCAGCCAGCCAGCCACUCCGUUAUAGAAUUAACAGCGACAAAGUUGUAAGGUCUUUACAAUGUUUUUAUAUUUUAUCUUUCCAGUCGAUUGUCCA